AUGGACAUCCUACUCUCGAAGGUGACCCAGCAGGCGAUGAAUUAUGCAAUUCGGUCUGGAGUGACGCUCACAGCAACUUAUGCCAUCAAACAAUCAGCACGUCUGUUGCAAAAUGUGCCGAAAAGCAAUGACCAUGACCAGCUCCAGCAUCUACAGCAACGCCUGCAAGGCAAAAUCAGCAUCAUCUCUCCCGCUAUUGACAUGAUAGAGCUCAUCGCUGCUCGUGGCAACACGUCGCUCGAGUCUGCAGUGGCACUGACGAAAGAACUCAGAUGGGAAAUACAAUCUUUCGGACAGCGCAUGGCAUCCGUAGCUGCGACCGAGGAAGCCGCUCAAGGAUCCAACAGAAGUGCUCAAGCAAAAGCCAAAAGUGAAGCAGAGAUCAAACUCGUGAUUGCCAGCAUGAAGAAGCUGCUGGGUCGUAUCGAGGAUGCAGUACCUUUGAUCAGUCUUGCCAUCACCACCUCUGGAGCAAGCCUCUCUUCUAGACUUCCUCCUACAGUUUCUCCAUCACGUCUCUUACAGGCAAGUACGUUGCUCAAUGCUGGAGAUAUGCAGUAUUGCAUGACGCCGGAAGAAGCUGUUCAGAUUGGCCCUUCAUUCACGCUGACGGUGUACAUGCUCUUUUCUGGGCAUGUUCGACCACACGAUGAAGCCAGUAUUCGCGAGACGACUUGGAAGGAGGUGAUGCACAAAGCUAGAGUCAAGCUUCGUCGAGUACCUAUGCACCUUGUACAGCCACAACUGCGUCGAGUGUCUGACUCCUCGACCAAUCCAUCAAGUACUGUAGAUGACUCCUUGGCAUUACAGAUACGAGAUGCAGCAAGCGUGGAUGAAUACGCAUACCAAAUGAUGCUGAUCGAAGACCUCGAUGAUGACCGAUUCCAUACAACGGAGGAAGAUGAUAUCCGGCCAGGGCCAUUUGAUGACGUAGAAAAAGCUGGAAUCAGAGAAACCUUCCCUGUCUUUCAAAUUGGCAAAAUAUUCUACGCUGACACUGGCAAGGUGCUUAAUAUCGGUUCCGAGGAGAGCAACAGCCCUGUGCUUCUUCUCAAGAGGGACCUGAAUGCGCAGCCACCGCGGUCAAUUAUGCGCAAAGAAGAGCUAGCCAAUGGACACGAGGCGGAGGGGACUGUGAAUGGAGACGGACCAGGCGAGGUGCAGAGUACAAGUGGAACAGAUCCUUGGUCACUACCACCUGGCUUGGAUCCAGAGUGGAUAGCCUUGGAGAUCUACAACGAAAUCGAGGAUUCCGAGGACGAAUCUGAACCAGAUGAAGGAUCUCCGAGGCCGCGGCAAAGUACUCGAUCGCCAUCCGUAGACCCACAGCUUGCAAGCUCGAUGGCUAAUCUAAAGCUCAACGGUGAGCCAUCUCCCUUACCAAGUCCGUUGGCCAACAGCAGAUUUACUCAAAAUACCCACGGCCUCACCACUAGUCGGCCACCAUCUUGGAUGUCCAACGUGCAAACCUCCCUGUCUCUACUCGAAGUCCUUCUCCGCCUCGUCGCUCUCUCAGAGUAUCUUCAAACAUCCCACCUCUCCGCCAAUGAUCAAUGGUUGAAUUUCUUCCUCGAGGAGAGCAAAGCCACUGGCGCAGAAGGUGACGAAAAUGCCAGACAACGGGUUAGGGCCGACGCCAGAAGAAGGGUCGGUUUUGAUCCGUAUGACGAGAGCCCUGUGAAAAGACGAGGCGAGGAAUAUCAAUACCAGGUUGGGGUUCGUGAUGGUGAAGAGUGGCAAUCCAGGUCCGGUAACCCACGUUGGAGUAGUAGUCCGGAGGCAGCUAGGUUCCAGCAAAAUGGUGCAGGAUGGACACCGCCAAGUAUACAGACGAGGUCGAUGACGGGGUUCUCGGAUGUGAAGACGCCAUCUUCUCUUCCCGCCUCACCUGGUAAGGGCAAGGACCGCAAAAAUUGGUUGAAGAGGAGAGAAGAGAGGACGAGCAGUCCGCUGAGAUCUCAGACUGGGAAUUCUGAUGAAGGGAUCGGCACGAGUCCAGGGAGUGGAGCUGAUGCCGAACCAAUGUGA